CUGUGACCACCAUUUACCUAUAUGGGUUCAUUAGAAAUAUUUUAUGCUUUGAGUCCAAAUUAAGAUCUGGAAUGGAUGGCUAAUGUAUAAUACUCCCUAGUUAUGUGGUGGUUAUUGUUUCUCCAGAGGGCUAGAAAGCUGCAAGAUGGGCUCUUGUCCUAAACCAUUUGUAGCUGUGGACUUACCAGAUGAAAGCCAGUGGGAUGAAACCACUUGCGACCUGGCUGUUUGUCAGCAUCCACAGUGCUGGGCAACUAUCCGCCGGAUCGAGAGGGGCCACCCUCGAAUCCUGGGCUCCCCCUGCAAAACUCCUCCAGAUGCUGAAGACAAACUCCCAGUGCUCACCAUUGUAAACAUCUCAGAUUCCUGCUUCGGGGCCAAGAGACUUGCUCAUCGUCGUUUAUCAGGAUUUACCUUCACCAAGGCUCGCUCUUUAUUGUCUCGAGGUUCAAAGUUUGACUCCAAAUUUCGAGGCAGGCCUCGGAAGGCUUUACCUGACAAAGAUUUAAUCACCCAUACUAAUAGAUCUCCUGAAAGAAGUCACAGAUCAAAAAAGCUUUCAGUGUUGAAUUUGAAUGAGACACAACUUCCCUGCCCUCAAGAUGUUAGAAAUAUGGCUGUAAUCUGGAUCCCAGAAGAACCAGAGAAGCACAUGAGUCUAGCUGAGAAGAAGCAUGUUGUUCCCAGCCAGGAUGUGGAGAAGAAAGGAAAGAAAUCUACAGUGAAAGACAAGUCAUCUCUGGUUCUUUCCGGAAAACAGAACACAGAAAUCCAGUUGGGACCUCCAGGGAUGACUGUGCCUCCGCCCUCUCCAGUACACUUUUUUGAGCAACUAAAUUCAGAAUUCAUACCUUCCUGGAACCAGUUUGACAUGUUACCUCAGGAUCUGUUGAAGGACCUUUUGCCAGAUGAAGGGAAAACCAUGCUUUGUCCAGAGAUGAAGACACAAUUGGCCAUGAUGAAAAAGAAACUUCCUUUGGAAAAGAGCCGCCCUGACAGUGCCAUUUCUGCUAAGAUGUUCUUAUUUGUACACCGCCUCACCCUGCAGAGACCAGCGUUGAGAUAUCCUGGACAUCUGAAGAGAUUAUAUUAUAACCUGAAUACAGAAGAUAGGUUUUCUGGUCACAGGGAGCAGCAGCAGCAGCAGCAACAGAGGAAGGUGAAGACGCCUCCUAAGAAACAGGAGGCUAAGAAGAAGUCCAAGGGUGAUCCAGGGAGCCAGAACACUUCACAUGAACGUUCAGGUACUGUGGUUUAUGACUCACGCUAUGGUCACAGAACUCCACCAGGUCCAGAAAGUGACAAAAAGCAGCAGCAGCCGAUGAAGAGAGAAGGCCCCACCUUGAAACAGGAUUCCACAGAAAGACCACAGAUGGACUACUCUGCAAACUACCUGGGUUCCUUCCCCAGCAAGGAGAAUCCUGAAUUAUCCAAGACAGAACCCACUAAUGAGGACAUCAGUGCUCAGAUGGAGGUUGUGCUGGCAGCCCAAGAGAGGACCCCAGAGGACCUUUCAGCCAGUACGUCUAGAACAAGCUGGAACCCUGAGCUCAAACUACUGAGGAUUCUUCAGACCACUGAUGAUGAGGACGAGGACGACCCAUGUUCUGGGGCACAGAGUGAAGAGUCUCUGGAGGCAUAGGUGGAAGGCAUCAUCG